GGCAGAGUCUCUGGCUCCGGUUCCCGCUGUUCCUGCUGCUGCUGCCGUCCCUAGUCCUGCCCGCGGACCCCAGGGCGCCGGCGCUAGUGAACCCCUGUUGUUACUACCCAUGCCAGCACAAGGGUAUCUGUGUCCGCUUCGGCCUUGACCACUACCAGUGUGACUGCACCCGCACGGGCUACUCCGGCCCCAACUGCACCAUCCCUGAGCUAUGGACCUGGCUCCGGAAUUCAUUGCGGCCCAGCCCCUCCUUCCUCCACUUCCUGCUGACACAUGGGCGCUGGUUCUGGGAAUUUGUCAACGCCACCUUCAUCCGUGACAUGCUCAUGCGCCUAGUACUCACAGUGCGUUCCAACCUUAUCCCCAGCCCCCCCACCUACAAUGUAGCACAUGACUACAUCAGCUGGGAGUCCUUCUCCAAUGUGAGUUAUUACACUCGUGUGCUGCCCUCUGUGCCCCAAGACUGUCCCACGCCCAUGGGGACCAAAGGGAAGAAGCAGCUGCCAGAUGCCCAGCUCCUGAGCGAUCGCUUCCUGCUCAGGAGGAAGUUCAUACCUGACCCCCAAGGCACCAACCUCAUGUUUGCCUUCUUUGCACAACACUUCACCCACCAGUUCUUCAAAACUUCUGGCAAGAUGGGUCCUGGCUUCACCAAGGCCUUGGGCCAUGGGGUAGACCUCGGCCACAUUUAUGGAGACAAUCUGGAACGUCAGUAUCACCUGCGGCUCUUUAAGGAUGGGAAACUCAAGUACCAGAUGCUGAAUGGAGAGAUGUACCCGCCAACGGUGGAACAGGCGCCUGUGUUGAUGCACUACCCACGGGGUAUUCCACCCCAGAACCAGAUGGCCGUGGGCCAGGAGGUGUUUGGGCUGCUUCCUGGGCUCAUGCUCUAUGCUACGCUCUGGCUACGCGAGCACAACCGUGUGUGCGACCUGCUGAAGACUGAGCACCCCACCUGGGAUGAUGAGCAGCUCUUCCAGACGGCCCGCCUCAUCCUCAUCGGGGAGACCAUCAAGAUCGUGAUUGAGGAGUACGUGCAGCAGCUGAGCGGCUACUUCCUGCAGCUGAAGUUUGACCCGGAGCUGCUCUUCGGCGUCCACUUCCAGUAUCGCAACCGCAUUGCCAUGGAGUUCAACCACCUCUACCACUGGCACCCACUCAUGCCUGACUCCUUCAGAGUGGGCUCCCAGGAGUACAGCUAUAAGCAGUUCCUGUUCAACACCUCCAUGCUGGUGGACUACGGGGUCGAGGCCCUGGUUGACGCCUUUUCUCGCCAGAUCGCUGGCCGGAUCGGUGGAGGUAGGAACCUGGACCACCAUGUCCUGCACGUGGCUGUCGACGUCAUCAAGGAAUCCCGAGAGCUGCGGCUGCAGCCCUUCAAUGAGUACCGCAAGAGGUUUGGCAUGAAGCCCUACGCCUCUUUCCAGGAGCUCACUGGAGAGAAGGAGAUGGCAGCUGAGUUGGAGGAGCUGUAUGGAGACAUCGAUGCCUUGGAGUUCUACCCUGGGCUGCUUCUCGAGAAGUGCCAUCCAAACUCCAUCUUUGGGGAGAGUAUGAUAGAAAUUGGAGCUCCCUUCUCCCUCAAGGGCCUCCUAGGCAAUCCCAUCUGUUCUCCGGAGUACUGGAAACCGAGUACAUUUGGUGGUGAAAUGGGCUUCAACAUUGUCAAGACGGCUACGCUGAAGAAGCUGGUCUGCCUCAACACCAACACUUGUCCCUAUGUUUCCUUCCGUGUUCCCAAGCGCCCCCAGGAUGAUGGGCCUGGUGUGGAGCGGCCUUCCACAGAGCUCUGAGGCAGCUGGGCCACAGUAUUCUGGAGGGUAGAACUUUGCACUUGUCAUUCCAG